CUUGUCAUUUUCCUAUUAGAAAUAGGAGUCGUCAAAGAGCCAACCACGCAGAGGUCGCAAAAAGACAAAGUGUUAUAGUUAAUUUGUGGCAUAUUUAACCCGUUAGAUCAGAAAUAUGGAUGAAGAAUACGACGCCAUUGUUCUUGGUACCGGUUUGAAAGAAUGUAUUAUCAGUGGAAUGCUUUCAGUUUCUGGGAAAAAAGUAUUACAUGUCGAUCGAAACAAAUAUUACGGGGGAGAAUCCGCCUCCAUUUGUCCUCUUGAGGAACUCUUUUCUAAAUUUGGGGCACCGGCUCCCGACGAAUCUUAUGGACGUGGUCGGGAUUGGAAUGUUGAUCUCAUUCCCAAAUUUCUAAUGGCAAAUGGGUCAUUGGUUAAAUUGCUAAUCCAUACAGGAGUUACCAGAUAUUUGGAGUUCAAAUCUGUUGAAGGAAGUUAUGUAUAUAAGGGAGGCAAAAUUGCAAAGGUCCCUGUUGAUCAAAAAGAGGCUUUAGCUUCAGACCUAAUGGGUAUGUUUGAAAAAAGACGCUUCCGUAACUUCUUGAUCUAUGUACAAGAUUUUCAAAAUGAAGACCCCAAGACUUGGAAAGAUUUUGACCCUAAUACUCAAAAUAUGCUUGCUCUAUAUACUAAGUUUGGUCUAGACAAAAAUACUCAAGACUUCACAGGUCAUGCAUUAGCUCUAUAUAGAGAUGAUGACUAUUUGAAUAAACCAGCUUUAGAAACCAUCAAUCGUAUAAAACUGUAUUCUGAUUCAUUGGCCAGAUAUGGAAAGUCUCCAUAUCUGUAUCCCAUGUAUGGCUUAGGUGAAUUACCACAGGGUUUUGCUAGAUUGUCUGCCAUCUAUGGGGGUACAUAUAUGCUGGACAAGGCGAUAGAUGAAAUAGUUGUAGGUGAAGGAGGAAAAGUAGUGGGGGUAAAAUCAGGCAACGAAAUUGCAAGAUGCAAGCAAGUUUACUGUGAUCCCACCUAUGUACCAGACAGAGUAAGGAAGAAGGGGCAAGUAAUAAGGUGUAUUUGUCUUUUGGAUCAUCCUAUUCCAAACACUAAAGAUGCUCUCUCAACUCAAAUCAUCAUUCCCCAAAAACAGGUUGGACGAAACUCUGAUAUCUACGUAUCACUAGUCUCGUACACACAUCAGGUAGCUGCUAAAGGUUGGUUCGUCGCCAUGGUGUCAACAACUGUAGAAACUGAAAACCCCGAACAGGAGAUUAAACCAGGUUUAGACCUUCUGGGAGCUGUUCACCAGAAGUUUGUUUCAAUUUCAGACUAUUACGAGCCAACAGAUGAUGGUCUACAAUCACAAAUGUUCAUAUCUCAAUCGUAUGAUGCAACUAGUCACUUUGAGAGCACUUGUCAGGAUGUGCUUGACAUUUUCAAGAGGGGUACUGGUGAAGAGUUUGAUUUCUCCAAGAUCAAACGUGAUCUUGAAGAUGAGGAACAAUAAACUGGACGUGUUCUUUGAAUCUCCAGUUAUACAUUAUAUAUUAAAAAUUCUUAUGUAGCAUUAUUAUAUGUGCAAAAGUUCACUUUAAUUUGUGCUUGAUGACUUCUGCUUGUUAGGGCCUGCUAAUAGAUUUGUGAAUAUACAAAAAAGUUGAGUUGUGGGUCUACAAGCUUGGAGUCAUACAUAAUUGUCCCAAAAAAAUUGUUGAUCAAAGAUACACCAGUUGAUGGAUGUUUCAAACCGCACUUUACCAAGUUUUAAUUUAAACAUUUUGCGUCUAUGGAUACAUUUAGUUGUUAUUUUAAAAGCACAUCGAUUGUCUUGUUUGAAUUUCGCUAUGGUGUAAAAUGCAUUCCCACUAAUUGUUUGUAAAAAUUGUGUAACAAAGAUUUCAAGUUUAAAGCAUACAUCCUAUUUUUAAUUGAAGUAGUAUGAAUCGUACAGGGCUGUAAGUCUUUUUUUACUUUUCCAAAAUGUAUUUCUAGCAUUAUGUUUAGGUGCAUGUUUCUUAUUGUAAAUGUACUUUAGCAAGUAACAAGUUUCUCAAUCAAUUGCUUGAAGCCAUGCAAUAAGUUGGUAUGUACUUUGGUACUCUAUAUUCAGUAAAAUCAUUCAGAAUUCCAUUUGAUGCUAAAGUAGAUUUCAUUAUUAGUAAAACUAUUGGUGAUAAGGCACAUUGAAAUGUAAGAUGGUUCCAAUAAAUCAGAUUUAAGGAA